UAGACUGGUCUCCGACUGUUUGCCUUCAAACUUAUGGGAUCCACAUUAACUUAGUCUCUUGGGUUUAUGGACAAGAUUGAAUGUAUUUUCUAACGAUAUAGGCUGUGUACAGAAAGGCUGUGGUGAAAGGAAACAUUGGAGGAUGUCCCUUGUAGCUCACGCUCUAUGCGUGCUAAUUCUCUGCACCUCAGGUUUCUGCCACACACUCCUAAUUGUGGGUCCUUGUGAUGUCAACAGAGAGAAGGUUACAUUUGACUGUAGCAGACGAAAUAUCACAUCAGUACCACAACAUAUAUGGGCAAAUGUGACCAAGCUGGACCUCUCGGACAAUCACUUAAAUCUAUCUUAUCCUAAAAUCUUUAAGAAGCUGCAACAUUUUGACCACUUGAUCACACUCAACCUAUCAGGAAAUUAUCUCCCCCUACUGGUGAAGCAGCAUUACCGCCUUCCAUCUCUAGAAAUAUUGGAUCUCAGUGGAUGCAAGUUGGCUGCAGUACAGGCUGGUGCUCUGCUGAGCUUUCCCAGAUUACAAACACUUUUACUGGGAAACAACCAUUUGCAAACCCCUGUGUCUGCUAUACUCGGAGACCAUAGGUGGAUUCAGAUUGUAGAAGUCAGCAGUAAUCUUCCAGUAAAAACCAGAUCCAGAAAGCCAGAACAAACUGCAAACAGAGUUGAUGAGCAGAUGGCCCAGGGGAUCCAACUUGGUGGACAUACUCUUAACCUGAUCAACCAAAGUCCCUUCCAUCGUAAACUUCUAACAGACACCUCGGUGGACAACACUGGAACAAAUAGGACCAACAAAACACUUGGCACAGAUGUUUCUCCGAAAAGUUCUUCACACGACUGGCGAUACCUCGUAGGGGCUUUGGUAACUGCCCUCGGCGUCUCCAUCCUCAUUGCCGUGGCGGCAAAAUGUAAGAUUGUAUGCCGGUAUCUAGCCAGCUACAGACACUCGAGGUUAAACGAAACGGACGAAACAAGUCAGUGCGACCCUGCAAGCUUCGAGGUCGGAUUCUCAAGCCAGGCACACGAUGGUGAAAUAAUAGAAGACGAUGAUGACGGGUUCAUUGAAGACAACUACAUACAGGCAAGUGACAGGGAAAGAGCGGCAAGAGAGACAGAAAACUGGGAAGAUGAAGGGGAGGAAGAAGAGAUGGAGUUCACCAUCAGUUAGUCACGUAAAGCAACCCUCUCAGGCUGAGCAACCACGAGAGCGGCUAACCUAUACAGUUCUUACAAGGAUGGUACCGAGAGUUCUUAUAAACCAAGUUUAUUUACAUCAUUUUAAAAAAAGAAAACUGUUUUAAUAAGUGGUUUUCUCCAUAUUUAUGCCACGUAUUGUAUCUCGGAUGUUCACCCUAUGAAUAAUAAAUUAUAUUACAGCCUAUACAAUGAUUUGACUUUUUUCAAAAAAUUAAAGUCUC